AUGAGUGCGUCUCCGAAGAACACCUUGUCAGCGAGGGUUUGUAAAGAGCCUGAAUCAAUCAUGAAAUUGCAUUCAUGUGAUAAGUGUGGGGAUAUAAGUUUGAUAGAAGCGGCCCUACCGACCAAGCAGACCGUACUGGCACAGACCGCUCGCCUGUUCGACCCGCUGGGCUGGCUAGCACCGAUUCUCGUACGUGCGAAGUUGCUGAUCCAGUCGGCGUGGUUGCAGCAACUAGAGUGGGACGCGCCGCUAUCAUGCGAGGACGCCGCUGCAUGGACAGUCCUCGAGGAGGAAUUGCCCUCCGUGGAGCUCCACGGCUUUUCGGAUGCCUCCGAACGUGCUUACGCUGCCGUGGUCUACAGCAGAGUGAAAAGUGGCGGACUGCUCAGCAUCAACCUAGUGGUCGCUAAGAGCAAGGUGGCCCCGUUGAAGCGUGUAUCGCUUCCGCGACUGGAACUCUGCGGAACGGCCUUUCUGUCCAAACUAGCCGAACAUGUGCGGCUCUCCUUGAAUCUGGAGAAGUCGACGAUCACCCUCUGGACGGAUUCUACUGUGACGCUUGGCUGGAUACGUGGACAUCCUUCAAAAUGGAAUACAUAUGUAGUUAACAGCGUUGCAGAAAUUCACCGCGACGACCAGGAUGCAAGAUGGCGGCACGUACUUGGUAAGGAGAACCUUGCAGACUGUGUCUCCCGGGGAGUGUCGCCGAAGAAGCUCCUUCAACAUCCUCUGUGGUGGCGAGGGCCGGAAUAUCUCCGCCAUCGCGCGGACUUUUGGCCGGACGUCGGACACCUGGAAACGGCUGACUUACCGGAGCAGCGACCGUUACGAUGCCAUGCAGCCACCGAGAAGCGAGAACCUGAGGAGCUCAACCGCUUCUUCUGCCUUCGUCGCUUGCUUUGCGUGUCAGCCUGGAUCUGGCGCUGGAGGCCACGAAGACUUCGUUCGACAGAUGGUGAAGCUGUGUCGGCGUUCCUGGGACCUAAGGAGCUGGAGGCCGCCCUGUCGAGAUGGAUCCGGACGCUGCCUGCCCGAAGCUCGCUCCGCAAGAUGGUUUUCAUGCUGGAUGACGAGGGCACCCUGAGAGUCAGCGGGCGCCUAAAACAUGCAAUUUUGGAUGCCGACCAACAACAUCCAGUCAUUUUGCCGCCGCAAUCUCACCUGACUCACCUGGUGAUUGACGCCGCCCACAGACGUACAUUUCACGGAGGAGUCCAGGCCACCUUAGCUCACAUCAGGCAACGAUUUUGGAUUCCGCGAAGACGCCAACUGGUUCGCCGCCACAUCCACAGCUGCCACCCAUGCGUCCGAUGGCGGGCGGCUACUCCACGGUCAAAGAUGGGCGACCUGCCGAGAGCGCGCGUCACUCCGAGCCGUCCAUUUCAGCACACCGGCGUGGACCUCGCCGGCCCGGUGUGGCUCAGAACGACGAGAGGCCGAGGACACAAGGCCUACAAAGGCUUCCUAGUUGUAUUCGUGUGUUUCAGCUCCCGCGCCGUACACCUUGAGGCCGUCAGCGACUACACCGCCGAGGCAUUUCUAGCGGCCUUUCGUCGGCGCGGACCGACACUCAGAACCUGGCCGGAGCUGGCCGUGGCCCCUCGGGACCUUGCGGAGGAGGACAUUCAAUCCACCCACCGGAGCACCAUCGGCGCCCUGAAGAAGCAGCCGAAGUCAAGCAUCACCUGA